AGCCGAAGAAGUUACAACAGCACUCGGCUACUGUUUACGUCUGGCUCCCCAAAUCAGCUGUCCAUCAUUGGGAUUUCCUGUCGCCAAGGCACAAGAAAGAAAAUCAGACUUACAAUUACGUCGAGUAAAAACUGCAAGCCAAGAUUGACUUGAAGUCCAUGUUACAAGGAUACUGUGGUAAUCAUGUUGUCACUUUUAAGCAUCCUCAUUGAUCCAAGGACGUUUUGGACCUUGGCAAUUCUGUUUGUGCUGUGGUUAUUUAAUAACUGGGUGUCGAGGAAGAAGUACAAGUUGCCCCCAGGGCCUACACCCUUCCCUCUGAUUGGAAAUUAUCUAGAUUUAAGGAAACACCCUUACACUUACCAGUUGUUGGCAGAGUGGUCCAAACAAUAUGGAGACAUCAUUUAUGUUGAGAUAGGUCCUAUGAAGUGUGUUGCAUUAAAUAGCUUCCCAGCCAUACAAGAAGCUUAUGUAAAACAGAAAGAUAUCUUUGCUGGGAGACCACAGGUGUACUCGGGUGAAGUGUUUUCUGAUGGUGGCAAGAAUAUUUUGUUUGGGCAACCAGGCCCAACUUGGAAUCUUCACCGUAAACUUGCGCUGAAAGCCAUCAAGAAUUAUGCCUCUGGUGAUAAACUGGAGGACCUUGUCCACACUGCUGUUGGGAGAAUUGACAGUGUGCUGGAAUCUGGUCCUAUGGACCCCACACAUAUGAUUGGGCUGGUGAUGUUCAACAUCAUUAAUGGGAUUGUUUUUGGAAAGAGUUACGAGUAUGACGACCCGGAAUUUAAGUAUCAGAUGCAGAUGAUAGAUGAACUGCUGAGUUUGAAUGUCAGUGGAGUUUGGUCCGACUACGUCCCGUUUCUCCAGUACCUGCCAGAUUUCUUCAGUUCUCCCCACACAAGAAAGUCAAUGAACUUGACCAGGAAGUGGAUGGGCUUUAAUUACACCCAGUUCAAGAAGCACCAGGAAGAGUUCAACCCUGACAAUGUGCGUGACUUGACGGAUGAGUUGCUUUUCACAAAGAAACAAGCAGAAGAUGAAGAGGACGAAAAGGUUCUUGGCUCACUGACAAAUAGCCACAUGGCCCAAACUGGACUAGAUGUUUACACAGCUGGUCUGGAGACCUCUAUGUACACCCUGUUAUGGACAUUUUUGUACAUGGCCACCAAACCUGAGUGCCAAGACAAGCUUCAAGAGGAAAUAGACAGAGUUGUUGGUAGAGACAGAAAACCCACGCUGCAGGAUGGCAAGAGUCUGCUGUACUGCGAGGCGGUAUUUGACGAGGUGCUCAGACUGGCCACAGUGGCUCCUCUUGGCUUGCCGCGAGUCACCACCAGUGAUACUGUGUUAAAUGGCUAUGAAAUUCCCAAAGGAAUGACAAUUAUCACCAAUCUCUGGGCCAUGCACCAUGAUCCCAAGUAUUGGGAGGAACCAAUGGAGUUUAAACCCGAACGCUGGCUGGACGAGGUCACGGGACAGCGUGUUGGCAGGACAAGGGACAGCUACAUGCCAUUCUCUUCAGGGCGUCGUUUCUGUGUUGGCAAGACCUUGGCGAGGCGGGAGAUCAACCUGACCAUAGCUACCUUCUUCCAGAAGUAUCGUGUUUCACCACCAGAGGGAGUUACUUUGGACAUGGCCGCCAAAGAACAACCGUUGACAUGUUUUCCAAAACCAUACAAGAUAGUCAUUCAAAAAAGAGGAUAAUUCUGACAUCCUUGAUCAAUCUGAUUAAAGUUAAUUGAUGAUGCGAAAAAAAUAAACACGAGACUAAAUUGGUUAGAAAUGAGGCAGCCCCCCACCUUUUUUUUUUUUUUGUGAAAUAAGAGGAUUAUAUUCAACUGAUAAAGGUGGAAAUAUAAGUGGAUUGUGUUUAACCAAUAGUUUUUUGGCAUGUUGUAUUAUAAUCAUGAUAAUGUUAAUCCAGCAACUAUUUGCUCACUAUUUUUGGUGAAUAUCUGAUCUUAUACACAUACCCUCACUUAUAGCUGUGCAUCUAAGGCACUUACAGGUAUAUUUUCUUGAUUGUUAAGGUUUCAGCUUUGAUUAAUAUGAAGUUUAUACAGUGUGUAGUAAUUCACUAUGUGGUAUGGGAAGACUUAAGACUUGGCAUUAAAAGAAAAGUCACAUGUGAGUUUGUGUCAAGCCCAGUUCAGUAGAUGGAUACAUCAAGAUAUAUGUACUUGCCACCCUAAUAUAUAUGUAAUAUAAAAUUAGAUUAAGGCAGAGAUUCUGUGCCUCUUGGAGUAGGCAGAGACAGCAUGUCGUGAAAAACUAGUGAUAAUAAUAGCUUCUUGCCAUAUAAAAUAUAUUUUUCUUUUACAUUUAACUUACUUUAAUAUUUACUUUUAAAGGGAACAAUUUUUUAAUGAACACAUUCUAAUGCUUUUAACUUUUAUUGUUUAAUACUCCAUUUUAAUUUUACUCUUGAGAUGGUAGAUUAAUCCAUUACGUUUUUCAUAUGUACAUUUGGAUUGGUUGAAUAAAUAUUAAUAUUUGAGAUUUUAA